AUGAACAUGGAACAUUUCGUUAUCGAAGAGAAAUCCUACAACGCAAAUUACAAGAACGAUUUAUGCUUCAACGUACAAUUAAAUGUGUGGACAUUGAGAACGAUUGGAACCUGGCCAAAAUCGCUGGAUCGUUCUUGGUUAGAAACCAUCGAACACGUCUGUUUAUGCUUUUUCAAUUACAUUUUACUCGCGUUCAUCCUGAUACCCGGUGUUAUGUACUUUCUUCUCGAGAUGAAAGAUUUUUACGAUCAAAUGAAACUCGGUAGCGCGCUCAGUUUCUUUCUGAUGGCGGUGAUGAAAAUCUGCGUCUUCAUCAUUCGUGAAAACGAUAUACGUAAAUGCGUAGAAUGCAUUGAAGACGAUUGGAAAAAUGUAAAGUAUCAAGAAGAUCGUAAGAUUAUGUUGGAAAACGCGAGUUUUAGUCGUCGAUUGAUCGUAAUUUGCGGCGCUUUUAUGUACGGAGGGGUGGUUUUCUAUUAUAUCGCUUUGCCGUUCACUCGAGGGAAGAUCGUGGAAGAGGGUGGUAAUCUAACGUAUAGAAGACUGGUUUACCCUUUUCCUAAGGCUCUCCUAGACGCUCGUCGCACUCCUGCCAACGAACUUCUGUACACAAUACAGUUGUUGUCUGGGUUUGUCGCGCACAAUAUCACGGUUGCCGCUUGUGGAUUGGCUGCCCUUCUUGCGAUGCACGCCUGCGGACAAUUGCAGAUUUUGAUGUCUUGGUUGGAAAAAUUGGUCGAUGGAAGGGAAAACGACGACGAGAAUCUGGAUCAGAGAUUGGCUAAUAUCGUGGAACAACACGUUCGAAUAAUCAAUUUUAUAGCUUUGACGGAAGAUCUUCUUCAGGAGAUAUCGUUGGUAGAAGUUGUGGGUUGUACUAUAAAUAUAUGUUUCCUUGGGUAUUAUUCGAUGAUGGAGUGGGAUUCUAAGCAUCCUAUUAGAGGUGUGACGUAUAUAAUAUUGCUUACAUCCGUCACGUUUAAUAUUUUCAUAUUUUGUUAUAUCGGUGAACUUUUAGCAGAGCAGACCGUGAAAGUUGGCGAAAAGUCUUAUAUGAUUGAUUGGUAUAGAAUGCCGUGGAAAAAAAGUUUGGCCAUCCCUUUGAUGAUUUCUAUGUCCCGUUCAACCACGAGGAUCACCGCUGGCAACAUUAUUGAACUUUCUAUUAGCAGUUUCGGUGCCGUCAUCAAGACUUCAUUUGCAUACUUGAACAUGCUACGAACAUUGACAAGUUAAAAGUUUCUUUUAAUACGAUAAACAUCAAUGAUAAUUACAAUAGCAAUUUUCAUAUUAAGUAAUAGAAAAAGUAUAAUACGGAUAU